CCUCUAAUGCUGUCUAGGCAGUCAGCUCGCGAGGUUUUAAACGCAGCCCGCGUCUCCUCGCAGGAAGUGAAGGCGCGAGGAAGGAAGACGCUAAACAUGGCACGAGAAAGAAGUCCAGCUUCAUGGCUUCACCCUCAAACAAGUGUAACUCGCAGAAUAACGUUACUCUUGCUUUUAUGGCUACUCCACUUUUCUUCCGUAUAUUCCGAUAUAACGGACGGGAAUGCGGAGCACUUAAAGCGGGAGCAUUCGCUCAUUAAGCCCUAUCAGGGUGUUGGAACAAGUUCGUCAAGUCAGUGGGACUUUUCGGGAAGUACUUUAGUAACCAGCCAGUAUGUGCGUCUGACUCCGGAUGAGAGGAGCAAACAGGGCUCCAUCUGGAACACAGUGCCCUGCUAUUUGAAGGAUUGGGAGAUGCAUGUGCAGUUUAAAAUUCAUGGAUCAGGAAAGAAGAAUCUCCAUGGAGAUGGUUUUGCCAUUUGGUACACGAAAGAGAGGCUACAUCCUGGCCCUGUCUUUGGAAACCAAGACCGUUUUGUAGGCCUGGCUAUUUAUGUGGAUACCUUCCGUAAUGAUCUUCAAGGAAUGGAUCGCUCAUUUCCCUAUAUUUCUGCAAUGGUGAAUAACGGCUCCCUGCCGUACGACCACGGGAAAGACGGUCGCUCCACUGAAUUGGGAGGCUGCUCUGUGGAAAUCAGGAACAAAGAUCAUGACACAUACCUGGCCAUCAGAUACUCCAGAGGCAGACUCACGAUUAUGGUAGAUGUGGAUGACAGAAACGAUUGGAAAGAGUGCAUUGAUAUCGGAGGUGUCCGCCUCCCUACAGGAUACUAUUUUGGGGCUUCUGCGGCCACAGGAGAUCUUUCUGACAAUCACGACAUCAUCUCUAUGAAGAUGUACCAGCUGAUGGUGGAGCACACUCCUGAGGAGGACAACCAGGACUGGACGAAGAUCGAGCCGAGUGUCAGUCUCCUCAAGUCACCCAAAGAUAAUAUCGAUGAUCCGACGGGGAAUUUCCGGAGCACGCCCCUCACUGGCUGGAAGGUGUUUCUGCUUCUGCUGUGCGCUCUGCUGGGAAUCGUGGUCUGCGCCGUUGUUGGUGCCGUGGUGUUUCAGAAGCGCCAAGAGAGGAACAAGAGGUUCUACUAAACCACAGGAUUUCAAAGAACUCUGGAGAUUGUAGGUGAAAUAAAUAAAAAAAAACAUUAAUGUGAAUUUUGAACAGCUGUAAACAUGUGGAUAUUAUCGAACUGCUCCACUGGAAGGAAAAAUGGUUCGAGUCUAAAGAGUGCGAUUUGUGGCUUCAAAGAAAUGUGUCUUUAUGUUGGUCUUUAUUUGGGUCUUCCGAGGUAAAUUACAAAUUUUUAAAGCAGUCUACAGUAGAAGAUUUACAUUUUUGCGUGUGCCCUUUAUAUCCUCUUUUUUUUCUUGUUUUAACCCUUUAUCAGUGUUUCCUUUCCAUCUACACAUUACUUCAUUCUGCUCUGAAGUUCUGAUUGUUUUUAUAACCUGUGUGAUUUACUUCUAAGAGGAUUUUAAUGGACUGCACAAGAAAUCGGACUGAUGAAAAGCAUCCUCUUUAAUUGUUCAAAUCAAUGUAAAUAUUUUAGGUUGCUGCCCUAUAGUCUCUUUGUUCUAUGGCAUAAUGAUUGAGUCUUGUUUUUUUAAUCAUAGGAAUUUAGAAAAUAUUGAACCAAAAAUACUUUUGUUUUAUUAAUGUUCAGCCUUAUGUGAGUCAAGUUGUUUUUCUUGCAUCUUUUUGUUAAUUUAGCUUUUUUUGAGCCUCUAAGAAGUUAUUGCAAAUGCACUGAUUUACAGUUGUUUCUGAAAGAAGUUCACAUUUAAAUGGGCAGUGACUGUACAAUGAUGCUUUUGGUGAGAAAAUAAAGCAGGUACAACAGUUAA